CUCUUGAUAAUUUGAUCUACAAGCUUCAACGUUUAACCAAGAGCACAGAACUGGCCAGGAAAAUUUAUUGCAUCGAUAUCACGUAAAAAGUUAAUAAAUCCUGACAUGAGCUCAGAGAAAAAUGAUUUAAUUUUCAAGGGACACUUCGUAUCGACUUAAAUAUGUAUUUCUGAGCAAAUUUUCAAACUUUCGGGAGCUCGAAUUCAAGCUAGAGAAAAAACCUUUACCGAUUGUCGGAACGAACUGUCACACUGACAUUGAAGCGGUCACCGUCAACCUCCUUAGAGCACUGCCGACCGUUCCCGAUCAAAAUCGAGCGUUUCCGAGCACCGCCGGUGUCACGCGUCAUAGCACACACAUAUGCGUGCAGUCGUAGCUGAUCGUAACGACAAUAACACAUAAUAGACAGUAUGCACUUCGAUUGACACUUGUGCAGAAACGGAAAAAUUAUGGAUUGCAUGAAGACGUUUCUUACGGAAUCCAAGAAAGCUUUGUCGAAUCUAUGGCGAUACCAAAAGGUCUGCGUUGUGCUUGGUAACAGUACAUGUGACUUGGAUUCCGCGGUAUGCGCACUGGUUCAGGGUUUAUACGAGUAUUUGGAUGCGAAACCUGGACCAGAAACAUAUUAUUUAGCCGUAAUUCCGUUGAUGAAUAUACCGCGGAAAGAAUAUCGCGUUAAAACAGAAGUGACGUAUUUUUUUAAACGUUACGACAUUCCUCCGGAUUUGUUGACGUUCCGAGAUGAAAUAGACUUAAAAGAACUACAGAAAAGUGCAGCUAGUUCUUUGGAUGUCGUACUUGUUGAUCAUCACACUCUCUCUGAGGGAGACGAUUUUUUAAAAGACUCCGUAAUCAAAGUGAUCGAUCAUCGACCACGGGAUCCGGCCUGGCCGUGGCCUAAUAUAGACGUUUGCAUAGAGACUGUAGGAAGUUGCGCGACUUUGGUGGCAAAACGUUUCCUCGUCGAACAUUUACCAAUCAUAAACUCAGACAUAGCGAAUCUUUUACGAGGUCCGAUCUUGAUCGACACGUGUAACCUGUCAAAAGAGGCAAAUCGCGCCACUCCGACCGACCUCGAAACGUUAAAAAAACUCGAAGAUAUAGCUUGUCCGAUUCACAAUCGAGACAACGAAUAUGACGGUCUUAUCCAAGCGAAAAAUGACAUUAGUGAAUUAAGCCUCGACGAUCUAUUGAUCAGAGACGUGAAAGAGGUCGCUGGAGUACCAAUUGUUGGAUUCCCAAUACUAGUUCGAAAAUUCAUCGAAUCUCCAGGAGUGUUCGAUGCUAUUUGUAAUUUCGCCGAGGCCAGAAAAGCCAGAAUAGUUUUUCUACUUGGCAUGCUAGUUGAAUCGGACCAAAUCAGAAGAGACAUCGCUAUUUUUUCCCUAUCUUCCAAUCCAGACACUACCAAAUAUUCCUAUGCAGGCACAGCGCAACGAAAUUUUCAUAAAGAUUUUGAAAAGCUAAGAAUCCUGAUAUUUGGGUCUAGCGAUCCGGACCUUCAAUUAUAUGAUGGAAGCACGUUCAUCGAUGAACAUGGAAGAUUUGAAAUGCUGCACGUCAACCAGGGAAAUCUACGCGUUUCACGAAAACAAAUAAUACCACUCGUACGAAACAUGAUGCAGGAACUGUUCGAUAUUGCAUGGAUACGUGGAACUUAAACCUAUAAAUUGUCUAACGUAAAUAAAUAAAGGAAACAUUGAAAUAGUGCAUAAUUAAACGUCAUCAACCUCAAUACACGUGAAGAAUAUGCAUAUAUCUUUACAGAUAACUUGAAAUUUGUAAAUUUAGAUAUUAAACAUUUUUUGUUGAAGGUACAGAAAUACAAGCUUAUUUAUUAUUGAA